AUCUAAGCAAAAGAAAAGGGUGGGCAAAGUGCUAGUAAUGAGAUUUGAGGCCUCUGAGUCGACGCCCAAGUAGAACGUGAGAGAAGGGUGCCGGCUCCUGCUGGGCAGCUGCAGUUGCUCCGCAGCUCCGGGCCGAGAAUCUUCUCCUUUGGAAAUUCCGGAGCUGCCCAGGCGUUUUGAAUCUCUCAGGACUCAGCAGUAGCCCACCUCCUUAACGACGUCUCCAUUGGCCAGAAUCUGGGACACACAGCCUGACUUUGUGCUCAGCUGAGGGAAACCCCUCGCCCAACACCAAAACCGGCGCUGGCUCAUUUCUCUGUGCACUCCGGGAAAGCCACUGCCCCUCAGGCCGCAGUUUCGAGGAGCACCACGAUCUGGGGUGGCAGGGGGAGUACAGGAACCUCCCGGUCCAUUCUCCCUCCCGGGCUGCUUCUCUCCCCCGCUGCGGUUUCUGAGGCCCUCUCCAGCCAAGGAAAAGCUACACAAAAAGCCUGGAUCACUCAUCGAACCACCCCUGCAGCCAGUGAAGGCUCUCUCGCCUCGCCCUCUAGCGUUCGUCUGGAGUAGCGCCACCCCGGCUUCCUGGGGACACAGGAUUGGCACUAUGGGGUCCACCAGCGUCCCGCUGGUCAAGGCCCACCGCAGCUCGGUCUCUGACUACGUCAACUAUGAUAUCAUCGUCCGGCAUUACAACUACACAGGAAAGCUGAAUAUCAGCGCGGACAAGGAGAACAGCAUUAAACUGACCUCGGUGGUGUUCAUUCUCAUCUGCUGCUUUAUCAUCCUGGAGAACAUCUUUGUCUUGCUGACCAUUUGGAAAACCAAGAAAUUCCACCGACCCAUGUACUAUUUUAUUGGCAAUCUGGCCCUCUCAGACCUGUUGGCAGGAGUAGCCUACACAGCUAACCUGCUCUUGUCUGGGGCCACCACCUACAAGCUCACUCCCGCCCAGUGGUUUCUGCGGGAAGGGAGUAUGUUUGUGGCCCUGUCAGCCUCCGUGUUCAGUCUCCUCGCCAUCGCCAUUGAGCGCUAUAUCACAAUGCUGAAAAUGAAACUCCACAACGGGAGCAAUAACUUCCGCCUCUUCCUGCUGAUCAGCGCCUGCUGGGUCAUCUCCCUCAUCCUGGGUGGCCUGCCCAUCAUGGGCUGGAACUGCAUCAGUGCGCUGUCCAGCUGCUCCACCGUGCUGCCGCUCUACCACAAGCACUAUAUCCUCUUCUGCACCACGGUCUUCACUCUGCUUCUGCUCUCCAUCGUCAUUCUGUACUGCAGGAUCUACUCCUUGGUCAGGACUCGAAGCCGCCGCCUGACUUUCCGCAAGAACAUUUCCAAGGCCAGUCGCAGCUCUGAGAAGUCGCUGGCGCUGCUCAAGACCGUAAUUAUCGUCCUGAGCGUCUUCAUCGCCUGCUGGGCACCGCUCUUCAUCCUGCUCCUGCUGGAUGUGGGCUGCAAGGUGAAGACCUGCGACAUCCUCUUCAGAGCGGAGUACUUCCUGGUGUUAGCUGUGCUCAACUCCGGCACCAACCCCAUCAUUUACACUCUGACCAACAAGGAGAUGCGUCGGGCCUUCAUCCGGAUCAUGUCCUGCUGCAAGUGCCCGAGCGGAGACUCUGCUGGCAAAUUCAAGCGACCCAUCAUCGCCGGCAUGGAAUUCAGCCGCAGCAAAUCGGACAAUUCCUCCCACCCCCAGAAGGACGAUGGGGACAACCCAGAGACCAUUAUGUCUUCUGGAAACGUCAACUCUUCUUCCUAGAACUGGAAGCUGUCCACCCACCGGAAGCGCUCUUUACUUGGUUGCUCGCCACCCCAGUGUUUGGAAAAAAAUCUCUGGGCUUCGACUGCUGCCAGGGAGGAGCUGCUGCAAGCCAGAGGGAGGAAGGGGGAGAAUCCGAACAGCCUGGUGGUGUCGGGUGUUGGUGGGUAGAGUUAGUUCCUGUGAACAAUGCACUGGGAAGGGUGGAGAUCAGGUCCCGGCCUGGAAUAUAUUUCCUCCCCCCCUGGAGCUUUGAUUUUGCACUGAGCCAAAGGUCUAGCAUUGUCAAGCUCCUAAAGGGUUCAUUUGGCCCCUCCUCAAAGACUAAUGUCCCCAUGUGAAAGCGUCUCUUUGUCUGGAGCUUUGAGGAGAUGUUUUCCUUCACUUUAGUUUCAAACCCAAGUGAGUGUGUGCACUUCUGCUUCUUUAGGGAUGCCCUGUGCAUCCCACACCCCACCCUCCCUUCCCUUCAUACCCCUCCUCAAAGUUCUUUUACUUUAUACUUUAACUACCUGAGAGUUAUCAGAGCUGGGGUUGUGGAAUGAUCGAUCAUCUAUAGCAAAUAGGCUAUGUUGAGUACGUAGGCUGUGGGAAGCUGAAGAUGGUUUGGAGGUGUAAAACAAUGUCCUUCGCUGAGGCCAAAGUUUCCAUGUAAGCGGGAUCCGUUUUUUGGAAUUUGGUUGAAGUCACUUUGAUUUCUUUAAAAAACAUCUUUUCAAUGAAAUGUGUUACCAUUUCAUAUCCAUUGAAGCCGAAAUCUGCAUAAGGAAGCCCACUUUAUCUAAAUGAUAUUAGCCAGGAUACUUGGUGUCCUAGGAGAAACAGACAAGCAAAACAAAGUGAAAACUGAAUGGAUUAACUUUUGCAAACCAAGGGAGAUUUCUUAGCAAAUGAGUCUAACAAAUAUGACACCUGUCUUUGGCACUUUUGUUGAUGUUUAUUUCAGAAUGUUGUGUGAUUCAUUUCAAGCAACAGCAUGGUUGUAUUUUGUUGUGUUAAAAGUACUUUUCAUGAUUUUUGAAUGUAUUUGUUUCAGCAGAGGUCAUUUCAUUGGAUUUUUCUAACCUGUGUUAACACCAUUGAAUGUGUAUUUCUUAAGAAAAUACCACCCUCUUGUGCCCUUAAAAGCAUUACUUUAACUGGUAGGGAACACCAGAAACUUUUCAGUCCAGCUGUUCAUUAGAUAGUAAUUGAGAUAUGUAUAAAUAUUACAAAGAAUAAAAAUAUAUUACUGUCUCUUUAGUAUGGUUUUCAGUGCAAUUAAACCAAGGGAUGUCUUGUUUUUUUUUUUUAAAAAAAUAGUAUUUAAUAGGUUUCUGACUUUUGUGGAUCAUUUUGCACAUAGCUUUAUCAACUUUUAAACAUUAAUAAACUGAUUUUUUUAAAGA